CAGCCCAAAGAAAAUCCAGUGGAGGAACUGCAAUCAGCAAGAAAUAGCUGUGAGGAAGAACCAGAGGAGGAAGUGCUAGACCUGGCUGAGAGUAGUGAAGAAACUGACUCUGAAGCACCUGCCCAGGGAGAAUUGCCACACCGUGCCCUCCAGGAAUACCCAAUCAAUAACAUGGUGAUGGGCUAUGCCUCUGCACGARACAUGAAGAAAUACGAGGGGGAACUGCAUGACUUCAUCCCUGGCACCUYGGGCUACACGGCAUACUGGGUUCACCCGAAAUUUAGCAUGUACUGYGAGAAGACCAAAAUGAAGAGGAAAUUGGAAGGAUCAGGUGGCUGGAGCAGCAAAAGUUUCAAUUUAAGAGCUGCCAGAUGA